AUGCUGGUUUGCCAAGGUUGAAUUUAUUUGGGUUGAAUAUUGUAGCCUCCGCAUAUUGGUGUGCCAAGGUUGAAUUUUUUGCGGUUGAAUAUUGUAGCCUCCAUUUCGAAUAUUUCAACAUUUUUUUUUUUUAGGUUAAAUUUUUUUGCGGUGUUUUAAUGUUGAAAAACAUUCAGGUACAUAAUUUCAAUGCAUAAAUAUUCAGUGCUAGAAAUUCAAUCAACUUUUUAUUUCAACCCCCGAUGGCACAGAUUUACUUCCAUAAUUAGUGUGAGCGAGAAUCCACUGUUCCAAUGUCAGCAAAGGCUCAGUUUUGCAGGUUAAUAUGUCAUCAUGGUGGAGGAAAGAUAUAUACAGGUCAGGAUAUACCUUUGCAAAAGAAAAUUCAACAAUUUUUAACCUAUCAUGAUUGUAUAUAUCGUAAUGUUCAUAGUUUGUUUAUAUACUGAAUAUUCAUUUAGGUCUAGUUUGCAUAUACUAAUUUGUUGACAUUGUUGCUCUGCUGUUUCCUGGAUUGAACCUUAAGGUUUACUGCAUGUGCGGGUGUGGUGUUUGUUAUUCACUAAUAAACAUAAAUGUUAAACAGGAAAAAGUAAACUGGAAGCGCACCCUUUUAAUGCAUUAUUAUCUGAGAUGUCAAGUAACGAAGUACAAAUACUUCGUUACUGUACUUAAUUUUUUGGGUAUCUAUACUUGAGUAUUUAUUUUUCAGACGACUUUUUACUUCUACUCCUUACAUUUUCGCGCAAAUAUUUGUACUUUCUACUUCUUACAUUUAAAAAAUCGCCUCGUUACUCCUAUUUAAUUUCGGAAGGUUUUCCGGCUUGUCACCGUUCAAAAACACACAAAAAACUAUCCGGAUAAAUCGCGCCGUCGGGAUUGCGUGAAUUUGAUUGUGGUUGAAUGAGAAGUGUAAACAUUUACCACCCAGACACCUUAUUGGUUUAUCACAUGACGCAAAUCAGUGUGACGCUAGGUGCGUAAAGGUGGUGAAGGAUCUUUUUCAGGAGGCAGAUCGGUGGUCGCGGUACAAGUUGAUCUCAGUUGGUAUUUAGCGACAUGAACCCGCCUCCGCCUCCUCAUGCAAAGUCCAUGUAACGUUAAGUGAGUCUUCAUGACCAUGGGUUGGCUGUAUAUGUUUUUUCUAACUUUAUUGAUAAUCUGGGACAACACAGCGACUUGCAAGUAGCGCAGCGUCUUCAAUAAAGUGGCGUAUGUCUUAAUGCGAUGCUUUAGAAAUGAACACUAAGGGAUUCUGUAUUUGUUCAAUAUUUUGAUAACCGACCGCUCCCCAUCAUUAUAAAAGCGAUGCGCCCCCCAUGAAGUAGUAAACCAUGGGGAGACACUGCAGUUUAAUCGAUGGGAACAACGUGUGUGUCCUCUGACUCGUGUCAUUUAGCUGUCACUCUAACAUGUUUUUUUCUUCAUACAGCAUGCGGGUCGAUACGUGUGUCCCUCUGUUGUUGUAGCGUCGCCUCUCUAACUGUCGCCAUGUUUCCAUCAUCAGGCAGGUCACGUGACCUGAAGCCAUCGUGUUGUAACGGACUGACGGACUGUUUGUUCUUAAUGGACAUUUUUUCCCGUUCAAUACUUUUACUUAUUUACUUUAAGUAGCUUUAAAACCAGUACUUUUAUACUUUUACUUGAGUAAAAAGCUUAAGCUCAUACUUCCACUUCUACAAAAGUAUUUUCAAAACCUAGUAUCUAUACUUCUACUUGAGUAAUGCAUCUGAAUACUUUUGACACCUCUGAUUAUUAUUCAUGUUUUUGUUAAACUUCACUCACGGUGGCGCUAUACACCAGCCUUAAGUUGUUGAAUGACUCUCCUCUGGCGUGGAACCUCAUUCUUGCUCCUGUGAUACGAUAAGAACAAACAUAUUGGACCUGGUAUUUCUUUCCGUGUGGUUGAAUGUUAUUUUUGGCUUCAUUCCUCCACCUAUUCUGGAUAAUCCAUCGAAUAUGCUUUCGAAAAUGAUCGCGUUUCCGACGUGUGGCUUCUAUUUCGUUCUGCUUUUUGCGCAUGUCGCUAAUGGAGACCUGAGCUAUUCUUUUCCAGAAGAGAUGAAACGAGGAUCAAUUAUUGGAAAUGUGGCCAAGGAUCUUGGGCUCGAUAGGGGUGCACUGUCCAUCAGAAGAGCCCGCAUGGAAGCGGAUGGGACUGAAAAGCGUUACUGUGACAUAAACUUGAAUAACGGAGAGUUGAUUGUCGCCUACAGGAUUGACCGAGAGGGGCUUUGUGGAGAAAAGGCUUCGUGCAUCCUAAAACACGAGCUUGUGCUGGAGAAUCCUCUCGAGCUCCAUUUAAUAAAUCUACACAUCCAAGAUGUUAAUGAUAAUUCCCCACAAUUUAAGGAAGACUUGAUCAAUAUAGAAAUUAGAGAAUCGGCAGACAGGGGAGCUCGUUUUGCGAUCGAAGAGGCGCACGAUACGGAUGUAGGACAGAAUUCAGUUCAGCAAUACAGCCUUAAAAAUAACGCUAAUUUCGUUUUGGCUGCAGAUGGGAAUACAUUAGAGCUCGUUCUUGAAAAAGAGCUUGAUCGUGAAAAACAACACGCGAUCGAUUUGAUCCUCACAGCUUUAGAUGGAGGUUCUCCUCUGAGAUCAGGUACUGUCGUCAUACACGUCACUGUACUGGAUGCUAAUGAUAACGCCCCAGUGUUUAGUCAGGCCGUUUAUAAAGCCAGUCUGCCUGAAAACUCUCCUCCUGGUACUGUAGUGGUCACAGUGAGUGCUAGUGACGCAGACGAGGGGGUAAAUGGUGACGUGACGUAUGAAUUUGGACAUGUUUCUGAUGACGUGAAGAAGGUAUUUAGUAUAGAUCGUAAUGUCGGUAAGAUUCGAGUAAUUGGGAUUGUUGAUUAUGAAACUACGAGAUCGUUUGAAAUACGCGUCAAAGCAAAAGAUGGAUUAGGGCUGUCGUCUUAUGCAAAGGUAAUAAUUGCUAUUACUGAUGUGAAUGACAACAUCCCUGUAGUUAGUUUGAAAUCACUAACGAAUCCCAUUCCAGAGGAUACGGCACCUGGUACUGAGGUGGGCAUCGUUAACGUGCAGGAUAGAGACUCCGAGGCUAACAGACAGGUCCGCUGCUCCAUUCAGCAAAACGUCCCUUUUAAGUUGGUUCCUUCUCUCAAAAACUAUUAUUCUCUGGUGACCGCAGGACAACUGGACCGUGAACUAGAGUCUGCAUACAACAUUACAAUCACUGCCACUGAUGAGGGCUCUCCACCUCUGUCCUCCUCUAAAACUGUUCAGUUGUCUGUAGCAGACAUCAACGACAACCCACCUGUGUUUGAGGAACAAUCCUACAGCGCUUAUGUGACUGAAAAUAACAAAGCUGGCUCCACUUUAUGUUCCGUUACCGCUCGAGACCCCGACUGGAGACAAAACGGUACCGUGAUUUAUUCUCUGUUACCCGGUGAGGUGAACGGAGCCCCGGUAUCCUCCUAUCUGUCUGUUAACGGAGACACGGGGGUCGUCCACGCUGUGAGGUCAUUUGAUUAUGAGCAGUUCAGGAGCUUUAAAGUCCACGUGAUGGCCAGAGACAACGGGUCUCCUCCGCUCAGCAGCAACGUGAGCGUCAGUGUGUUCGUAUCGGAUGUGAACGACAACUCUCCUCAGAUACUGUACCCCAACCCGGAGGGAAACUCUUUCAUGACCGAGCUGGUCCCCAAAGCUGCGCACGGAGGCUCUCUGGUGUCCAAAGUGAUCGCGGUGGACGCGGACUCCGGACAGAAUGCCUGGCUGUCCUAUCAUAUCGUCAAAUCCACUGAUCCGGGACUUUUCACUAUCGGUCUCCACAGCGGAGAAAUCAGGACUCAGCGGGACAUUUCUGAAUCUGACAGCAUGAAGCAGAACCUCAUUGUGUCGGUGAAAGAUAACGGACAGCCCUCUCUCUCUGCCACAUGUUCCAUGUAUUUACUUAUUUCUGAUAACUUGGCUGAGGUGCCAGAACUGAAGGAUAUUUCUUAUGACGAGAAGAACUCCAAACUGACCUCUUAUCUGAUCAUCGCGCUGGUGUCCGUAUCCACCUUUUUUCUGACCUUCAUCAUCAUCAUCCUCGGUGUGAGGUUUUGUCGCAGGAGAAAGCCCAGACUGUUGUUUGAUGGAGCAGUUGCCAUCCCCAGCGCGUAUCUCCCUCCUAAUUACGGAGACGUGGACGGAACAGGAACUUUACGCAGCACUUACAAUUAUGACGCGUACCUGACAACAGGUUCAAGAACCAGUGACUUUAAGUUCGUGUCAUCUUACAAUGACAACACUCUGCCUGCUGACCCGACUCUGAGGAAAAGUCCAAGUGAUUUCGCUGAUGUGUUUGGCGAAACGGAGGAGUCUUUAGAGGUAUGA